GGCGACUUCGGGUCUCAAUGCGUGACGUACAACGGCGACAUCCCCCAGGACAAAAGUUGGUCGAAUAACUGGAAACACUUCUUCCCCAAAAGCUUGCGCCACUUGGCGAAUUUGCGAGAGGAUAAGGUUGGGCGUCGUGCUGAGCUCGAACAGCUUCUGCAUGCAAUUUUUGAGCGUGUGAUACCGAGGCUAUUGCGUCCGCUGGAGACCGCGGGUUGGACUUUGAAGACUUUGCUGGUGCAUGGAUAUUUGUGGUACGGCAACGCCAGCAUCGACGGGGACACUGGAAAGGGUCUCGUAUACAACCCAGCCAGUUUCUGA